ACGUGCUAGGCAAUUAAGAGGUACAUAUAUGCAUCCAUUAAUUAUGAUUGUUAUCCUGCCGCUGAAUUACGUAAUGCGAAGGAUUGAAUUGGAUAACACCAUUUAGUGCUCAGGUUUCAUGCCAUUCAAUCAUUUUUUCAAGCCCUACCAAUAAUCCAUUCGUGUGAAAACCUUUUUCACUGGCAGACAAAGCUUCCACUUCUCCGAAUUACCAUCAAUUGUGUAGUAAAAGCUCCUUCUCUCCACCAUCUACUACUCCCAUUCGAAUUGGAGCAGAGCUUUCAUUGAGCACAAUGUACGCUUCUGUGCCAUAUGAUUUCUCCGAAGCUGUCGAGCCGAACAUUCCCGAUUGCUCGUCCUUAUUUCUCCUUGUAAACCGAGAGCCCGGUCCCAGCAUGCAAACAUGGAACUCGUGUUUGAAGGACUUCCACCGGCAUACGCUGCUCGAGGCCCAGUUUAAAUCGGAACGUCGAACGGGAAACAUCGCGCACAACCAAACAUAAUCACUCAGAUAGACAUAGACAUACAUAGAUCCAACUAUACACAGACUCUGCACCACCUACCACCGGCACUACACAUCCCUGUCUAUCAAUACCUACACGCAUAGAAACACCACCCACUUUUUCACCUCACAGACGCUGCAAAUAAAAAAAAAACGUCGUUCCCCAACUUCCCAUUGUUGAAGUGAUACAAGAAAAAAAAAAAAAAACUUUCGAGUGGAACAUAUUUGUUUGUGCUUUUCCUCGUGGUCGUCGCUAUCGCCGUCGCCGCUGUCGUUGUCGUAGUCGCCGUCGAAGCUGCCUUCGCUUUCGUCAUCAUUGCCCGUCGUCGACCGUUUGUUCACGUUUCUCCAUUAUUAAUUAUAGGACUGGUGGUUUCUUUUGUUGCCACCCUUCACUUUUCGGUCCCGAGCUGAUUGCAUUCGAAGGAUCACACUCCAAGAAUUGACAAUUUUCUCCCUUCGACUUCAUUUCCUCAUCAACCCAUUGGAGUGUGAAGAAAGCUUUGUGUGGGUUUCUCGAACAGUGUAUUAGGCCCGUCAAAUUUCUUGGAAGCAUAUUUUGGGAGAGUCCAAGCUGUGCACCGUGGGGAAGAGGUUGACUGAUGAGCCUCAAUUGAGAGUGUAAUUACUGCGGGGAGCAUGUUGAAAAUGAUCAGUGAAAUUAUGCACUAGUGCAGUGACGAAAUUCAGUGACAGAAGAGGAUGCAUAAUAAAUUCAAGUGAGCAGUUCAUUCGGAUCUCAAGCGCUUCCUCAUUUGGCGAUGCACCUCCAGUCACUACACCAGCGUCAGACUGGUCUCUUCAUCAUUCCGUUGUUGGUUUUCUUCUUCCGUUCGUUGUUGUUCUGGUAAUUUCCAGAGAUGCAAAAACUUUGUCUCAAACGUCAUAUCGGUUGGAAGUGAAGUUUUAGAGUUAUGAGUUGUUGAAAAAUACAGAAUACGCCAUGUUAAAGUUUUUUGUGAUUGACCACAACAAACAAUUAUGCAACGUUUCAUGCAAAUCGGAGAAGGUCGCUGCAGAUCGAUUCGUCAUGUGGCGUGGACCUGCUCAGAAGCGAAUCCACAUCCAGUCAGUGAAAUCACCGAUAUACAUAUAUUGCUCACGUCAGGCGUUUUCAUUUGCUUCCGUCAAUAACCAUAAUGGACGUAUAAACGAAAUAGUAGUGACGUGAUUCUUUCAAUGCGUGUCUUCUUGGCGUGAAAUUUGACGGGUCUUCUCAAAGUUAAUACAAUUACAAGUCAUCAUCCUUCCGUUUGAAAAUAACAAACCGCAAAACUCGGGAAGGUGAAAAGAAGUGACUGUGCAAAAAACCUUGAACAAAGAAGAAAAGUUACUCUCCUCUUUAGUUUCCGGUGAACCGUGUUGAGACCGGCGAUGGCAGUAAACGUGUCCUCCAUUGGACGUUUGUUUUGACGCCUUUUCCAUGUGCUUAGCAGCCCACAGAGAGACAGGAAGGCUUUGGCGCGAUUUAUUUGGCGUCGAAAUUAUACAAACAUCGCAACUGCGUGGAUCGAAGAAUGAAGAACAAACAACGGCAACCACGGCCACAACCAAAACGACGAAGAUGUGACUUCGAAGAAUGAAAGAAAAAUUUAGCACAGCAAUAAAGAGGAUAGAAAAACAACACGUUAUCCCUGCGAGGUGCAAGCUGACGUGCGAGCAAAAGUGAAAGAAGUGAAAAUCGAUAACGUGAUGCUAGGAUAGAUUCGUUCAGUCUAAUCAGAAUUACGCCAGUGGGUGGCUACAAACUUUCCAACCUACUACGGACUGGGGCGGUAAUAAUUAGCGUAGGCAGUUUGUACGUGAGUGAGGCUUAUACGUACAGCUCCGACGAGAUCGAGGGAAGGAGAGGUGAUUUGUUUGUAAAGCACGACAUCACCACACGUAUGGUUCAUCGAGGAGGUACUUAAUUUGUUGAAUAUUUUCGAGGCAGCUCGUAAAAGCCGGAAACGAUCGCCGCUGGAAAAAGUGAAAUCAUCGUGCUUCAGCAUUUGGUACCCGACUCCGAUUUGGGGUAAUAGAAAGAACAAAUCUCAGAAAUCUGGGAAAAUGUUCUUUUGUUUUUUCAUCGAAGCGACGGUUGCUGUUCUGUCAGCAUAAUCCAAAUUCCAUCGAUUAGAUCCUAGUUAAAUUGGAGGUUCAAGUGAAUGGAAAAAAAUAUCAAAAGCAUUCACUUGAUGGCUUAUCAACGAAAUCAAAAGCAGAAGGAAUGCUAGAGAAGAGAUCGAAAAAGGUUUUGUUUGUCAAAGUUAAUGAGAAGAAAUUUGUGUACAUAUUGAAUCCAACGAUAAAGUGUUUAAAUUCUAAAUCAAAAUUUGUAAUCUUACUGCUCUUUCUGAAGGGAAAAGAGAAAAGUAUUGUCAUUCGGGAAAGAAGACAAGUUGUAGGAUAAAAGUGUUUGCAAUCGUUUUUAAUGUAGUAGAAGUAAUUUGUCACGAUAUUUUCAAUGCAAUCAAAGUAUAGUUGGCUUAGUAGUGUGUCAGCAAAGUAGAUGAUUUUAUCUUACACUCGAAUGGUUUAAUGACCUCGUAGCUAUUUGUUCGCCAAAAACUAUUGUGCUCUAACUAAAAUAAGAGUUAAUUAAGCUACAAAUAAUUCACAAACGUGCGUGCUAUUAGUGUGGAAGGUGUUAAAACGUACCCGUGCGUGCUUGUGAAGUCAUAUUUAGAGUGGAGCAGCAUUUGUGUCGAUUCAUGGUGUGUGAAAAUAAAAAAGAAGAAGAAGUGGAGAGUCGGCACUUGAAGGCCCUGGAGAAACUCACUGCGUUUGAAUGAUUGACUUCCGUCGCACUAACAAGCUCAACGUGUGAAUGCCAAAAACAAACCAUGUUGAAAUGUGAUAGGAACAAUGAUUAUUUCGUUGAAUUUCUUCAAUAAACAUAGACUAAAACCAAGCGUAAUUGUAAAAGUUUUACAAAGACGAAUUUCGUAAUGAUUUAAAAAAAACAGCAACCACCACCGAAGUGAAAAAAAAAUCAUCAUGGAAAAGACCCGAUAAGUGCACAGCUGAGAGAACCGAGAGUUUAAUUUGUUGUGUUUAUCAGUGCAAAUAAUACGAACUCGAAUUUUAAAUGCAUAUAAUGGAUGAACACGUUCAACGAAAUGAAAAUAAGAAACAUCGAAAACUAGUUCGAAGCUAUGAACAAAUAUCGCCCGCUUGUGAUAUUCUGCCAUCGCCAACCGGUGGCACCACCGAGCCAAAACAAACCUCUCCUUCGAUGACUAUGGUAUUACCGCCGACAGGCGGUCUUGCAGUCAACCCAAUCACCGGAAGUAGCAUUCCAACAGGAGCAACCAUCCAAUCACCGAAAACACCAUCCCCAAAUCUUAUCUCACCGCAAACCCUCAGCAAAAGCUUUGAGCACGCGGUAGCUCAGUCACCACCAAAAUAUCAAAUGUAUCAUCAGUUCAGUCGAAAAUCCAAUACAACUCAACAAUUCGUACAGCGCCAGCAGCAACUUAAGCAGAGUUUAUCGCAAACUCAACUUCCCUCACCCACUCAUCAGCAUUCGGCAUUGGGUCGAAAACCUAGCCUCACACAACCUGCUACUGGUGUAGAAACAACCGACACGAGAACUUCCAACCCCAAGCCUACUAGCUACUAUCAUCAUUCGCUCCAACAAUCGAAACCUAUGGACCAAAGAAGCAAUAACCCUUUUAUACUUAAUUUUAACAACAUAUCUGGAUGUUGCAUCAAGAACUCUCCUCCAUCAUCCACCACGUCAUGUUCAUCGUCUCCUACCACUAAUCCACCAAUAACAACUAUUUAUUCCCAAACAAAUUCAACACCCUCGCCGUCGGUUCCAGCACGACGAAGUCGAUCGUUGAUGUUGAAAUCUUCCUCACCCCUCCAACAACCCAAUCCACCGGUCAGCCAGAUGUCCACUCCACUAGCGUCAACUCCUGGUCCACCGGUUCCACCAAGGCUCAGUAAAUCUCCAACCCCAACCAAAGAAACGGCCCCACCAUCAACGGCAACCUCUUCCACGAUCACCACUUCUACUACUACGAAUGUUUCUUCGGUCAUAACAGCGCCUACCAUAACCAGUACCAGUUGUUACGUUACCCUAGCACCGACAACCGAAAGUGGGAAACAACGGGAGAUCUCACCUCCGAUGCUCCUGGAAACCACCGCCAGUAGCAGUGCAACUAGUUCAGUCGAUGAAGGAUCUUCGGGCACUACAGUGAAUGUUCGAAAGAAACGGGAUGAUUUUUUGAAAGCUACCAUGAAAAUUUGCCUUGUGGUAUCGCCACCGUCCUGUAAGCUGCAGCUUAAAUCAAGAAGCCUUUCUCAUCUGGAUAAAAUAGAGCCACAGAUUACGACACCGAGUAACAUUUCCGCAGACCAUCAUCAGUUCGAUAGAUUCAAGAAUGACAACUCGGAUACGUCCAAUACAUCAAUAGCAUCCGCGUCGGGAUCGAUAGGUUAUGGCAGCCGAGUGGUGGGCAGCAGCAUCUGCUAUCAAAGCAGUACCGAAGGUCCAAGCCCAGGUGAAACGGUGCUAUCCCCAUCGGGUAAGGAGUCAACGCUGCUAGUGGCGACGACCUCCGGUAGUGCACUUAUCGGAUUGAGUGACAGUGACGGGGGCUGCAUAAAUCCUGCUUACGACAAUGGUGACGGAAAUUGCCCUAUCGGGACUAAAGUUGACAGUCUGCAGGAUGGUGGCACCGGGGAAGGUGUUGCUGUUGCGACAUGUGGCGAGAGUACGACCAGCAGCACCAGCAACGAAAAUUCCAAUCAAACCUGCUGCCUGGUUUCCCCGUCCUGCCCCAAGAACAAGUCCUUGUCUACGUCUACAUCGCUCAAAAAGAAGUCCUCGUCGUUUCUGCACCGUGAACGCAAAAAACCGGUACUGACCCGAAGUCAAGUUUCCAGUUCAGAGUACUUCUCGGUAUAUUUCGAAGCCAGCGAUAACAAUGGUUUUCGAGAUGAAGUCAUGAUCCCAGCAACGAAAGGAAUUUGCCUUGCGGAUUCUCUGUAUUCCUCACUGUCUCAACGAAGCCUCAGUUUCUCCCAGAUCUGUGUGACGGAUAAUGGCUUCAGCAAUUCACACGAGCUAGGCAUCCCCUACUUGUUACCACUCGAUGCAUACACCGAUAUUUCGAGCUUAGCCGGACGGACGGUGAGCAUUACUGACAAAGAAAGUACCAGCCGGCGGUCGGGAGGCCACGUCACACUGCAGAAAGCUGCCUCCGUAGGCUAUCGGUCAACAUCGAACCGUCUCUUCACGUCCACUUCCACCGACGAACCGUACGACCAAAGCCCGAAAGCAUCCUCCAGCUCAUCCAAUAAGCAAUCCAAGCAAAAAUGGACAAUAUCGUUCGGAUCAAAGGGACCACAAAAAUCAAAACUAUGCGAAUUGCUGGACAGCUACAAUAAGGGCAUACCAAAACUGACGUCUUCCGCCAGCAAUUUUGAUAACCCAGAUUAUUUAGAAGCAUUAGAUGGCCUUAAAAAUUUACCUCAAUCUUGGACGGAUAUUGUCAACUACAACGGAAUGAGCGAAACGGAGACAAAAAUUCAAUCUGCUAUCUGGGAAUUGGUAACGACGGAAGUUUACUACAUCCUCGCCCUGCAGACUGUAACAGAUUUAUUUUUAGCAUGCUUAGAGGAUAUCCAAUCGCACAACAUCCUAACCGAUGUUGAUCAGAACAAAUUGUUUUCCAACAUACGCGAUAUUUGCGAGUCGAACCUGAAAUUUUGGACGAAGUACCUGUAUCCGAUGGUUAAAGAUAGCGUGGAAACCAAAGAUCCAAUGAGCGUGUAUAAAUUCAAGGACGGUUUUAUGGAGUUCUCUACUAUCUUUACCCCUUAUACCAAGUACUGUGCCGAGCAGAGUACAUGCCAGUAUUACUGCAAAGAACUGUACCAGAAUAACUCGCUCUUUAUGUCCUACUGUGCCUGGUGUGAGUCGCAGAAAAUGUGCAACCGCCUUCGACUUGCUGACAUCCUGGUCCGGCCAAUGCAAAGGUUAACCAAGUAUGGUUUGUUGCUGGCAGCCAUCAAAAAGCAUAUUACCGAUGAGAACGAAGGUGAAGCGAUUGACGAGAUGAUCCACUCGGUGGAAGUGUUUGUAGCCGGUGUCAACAAUCAUCUAACUACCCGUCAGGAAAACGAGCGACUAAAAGGCAUCAACGCUCGUAUUGAAUCGUAUGACGUGGUGGAUUCAAACAACGAAAACUUAGACAAAAUGGUCAGACAAUACAGUUCGAUGUUUGACUUGUGUUUACCCAUGCAAGGAUCCACCGAGGGACGGAAGCUUUUCCUGGAGGGAGAUCUCAAAUUCAAGGACAGUCUUGGCAAGAUUGAUGUACACUGUUUUCUACUCACCGACUUUCUGCUGGUAUGCAAAAAGAACAAACAUGAAAACUUGAAGGUCGUCCGACAGCCAUACAUGACAGAUCGGUUAGUCGUCCAAAUCAAGGAGCAAACCUUAUUUUGUUGCUACCUAAACGAACUGUCGAUGGUGGUGGCUGCCUUCACAUUGCAGUGCUCCAAAGCUCAAAAUUGGUACGACUCGAUCACAAAAGCGAAACAUAUCUACACCCGACUGAAACAAGGAAUUGUUGCCGACGUGCGCCAGUAUGGCAACAUCAUCAACAUUGGCAGUAUCAACAGCAAUAUGAACAUCAACAACGACAGUCUCAGUAUUCGUAAAUCGCCUCUAAACAGUUCUAUAGGAAGUAGAGUCAGCAGCUUGAAUAAUAGCCAUAGCGGUUCCGUCGACCUCAACGAAUCCAAGCCGGUAUCGAUAGAUUUCGAAAAGGCCAACUCUCUCUCUAGCGACGAGGGUGGGAUUGUUGGGGUAGCUGGUGCUUCAGUUCCGGGCAAGAUUGGCUUAGUAGGACCAAGGAAAGUAAAAUCUACCGUCACAACAGUGCAAUCGUCGUCGAAUUCUUUAACCGUACAGCCGUACAGUGGAUUAGGACAAAGCAUGCCCAAUCUUAAUCUAAAUUCCAUACAAAAUAGUUUUGUUUACAGUAAUACGUUAUCGGUACCGGGAACAUCAGCCACUCAUUCUCAUUCCGGUAUGGUGCUACUCUCUCCAAGUCAACGAGGAAUAUCCUACCCACCGCCAUCUCCUACAAGAGCCACUUUACGAAGGGGAUUUGCAUUUUCCUCUUCGAUCAAGAACCCACCGUUGAUCAAAACUCGCAAUGUGGCCUCGCAGCAAAGCUUCAUACUAUCCCAGCAGUCCAGCUUCAACUCGGCCACGCUAGGUCAGCACCAACAGUGUCUCCAGACAUCUCCUUCGCCUGGCAGUUCACCGAACGUAGCCUUCGUCAAGCGAAAAAAUAGCUUCCAUAGUCAAAGCGGUGGAACCGACCCAAAUACCCCUAGCGGCGAAGCUACCUAGUAUAAGCUACUAUCCACCAGCCGUAGAUAGGAAACAUUCUACCUGGUAUCCUACCGUAGAAAAUAGCAUUUACUUUCCCCUCUCCAGCCGAGCUGAGGAGGGCCAUUUUGUGACCUAGGAUCAAACGUAUUGUGGUAUUCAUUAAUGAGAUGCACAUAUUUGUUGUAAAUAUUUGAAUUUUAACUACCGAUAGUAAUACAUCAAAAUAUUUUAAACCGUACUGAACAAUUAUACUGACAAUGUUUUAUCUCCAAAAUGUUUUAAAUGGAUCAAACGAAGAUGUUUUGAACUCAAACAAACAAAACGAUGCUGUGACAAACUCUAGAGUUAAAGAAGGGAGAAAACGUGGAAAACAGAAAUUUUGAAAAAAAAAGAUGAAAAACUCUUGACAUGAACUGACUGUUUGUUUUCUGUUCCUUCGAUGUGUAACAUAAUGAAAUGACGAGUAGCUUCUUAGUUUUUCCCACUCUCUUCACUUUGCGCGGAGCGGUUUAGUAGACGGCAGCAAUGCUCGUUAUUACUAGUAGUACCUAGAAUGUUACGCUUGUUUAGUCGUUGAUAAUGCUGAAUAGAGCAAACACUGAAAGAACAUACCAAUUACAAACAAAAAAUCAGCUUAGAUGGAUAUGGUGGCACGACGAGGCAGACUUGAAACAGGAGUGUUUGGGAUAGUUGCAAAGCUCUCGAAAAAAAAAUCCCUUGUUUUUCAUCGGAUUGCAGGUUCGUUAUAUUUUUGAGCAUGAAUAAACUAUAAUUAGAUGCAUU